AUGGCUCCAAUCGUCAACGUUAGCCUCAUCUUGGCUUUGAUUCUAUGGCUCUAUGUCCCUAUCAUUCAAGCAACCAACCCUGGCCAAUUGGGAAUUAUGGAUUACCCUCAACUCACGCCCGAGGAGUUUGCCCAGAAGAAGUUCGAUUUCAUCGUUAUUGGUGGCGGAACCGCCGGCCUGGCUGUCGCUGCCAGGUUAUCUGAGCACCUGGACUUUACGAUUGGCGUUCUCGAAGCUGGGUCGCCGGCGGUUGAUGACGACGAUGUAGACAUUCCUGGACUUGUUGGCCGGGCGCUUGGCACGCCCUUGGACUGGGGAUUCGAGACGGUGCCACAAAAGUCUCUGGACGGGAGAAUAUUGGAAUGGAACCGAGGGAAGGUUCUUGGGGGUUCCAGUGCACUGAAUUAUAUGACCUGGAACCGACCCGCGCGGCAGGACUACGAUGAUUGGCGGGACCUCGGCAACGCGGGUUGGGGAUGGGACGACCUUCUACCGUUCUUGAAGAAGAGCGAACGUUUCCACGAGCCAAGUGAAGCCACACAGAAAGAAACCCCCGUGUCGCUCCACAGGGGAGUACUUGGACGCAGCGGCCCAGUCCAGGUAUCUUAUCCCCUUGAAUAUACCGCAUCUCACAAGCUCUGGCACCGUACCAUGAACUCGAUUGGCGUCGAGACCAACAACAACCACCUCGCCGGCAGCAAUAUUGGAUGCUGGACGAGUGUUACUUCCGUCGAUUUUCGGAACGAUACAAGAUCAUAUGCCGCAGCAGCGUAUUACAGACCGGUUUCGUCCCGGCCAAAUCUGUUCGUCUUGACAGCGGCUGAGGUCCACGAAAUAUUGUUGGUCAAGGGUGAACACCGCCCCCGCUCCUGGAAAGCCGAGGGCGUCCGGUUUUCCUACGGCGGAGCGGAAUUCACUGCUUUUGCUCACAGGGAAGUCGUCUUGUCAGCCGGCGCGGUACAGUCACCUCAGAUUCUAGAGCUAUCGGGCAUCGGUGGCAGUGCCAAUCUAGCUGACUGUAAAAACAUAGCCACCACAUCAGUCUUCGAAGUCGACCCGAACUUGCCUAACCCGGAUGAUCUGCAAAUUGACUCGAUUCUUGCCGCAGCUCGGGAGGAAUAUGAAAAGACAAGGACUGGCCUAUUAACUAUCCUUCCUGUCUCCCUUGCAUACGUACCGGCUGCCCAGUUUAUCCAACCGGACACCCUGAAUGCGCUUCUUUCUUCGACUGCUGCGAGCACUUCCCAAAGCCCGACGAGUCAACGCGACCACUUUCGUCGUCGCCGUUUCGGGGACCGGGCUAAUGAGUUGGGCCACGUCGAAUUCAUCUUUGACCUAGCCAACUGGGGGAUUGAUAAGCCGCCUAUCACUUUAGGUGGGAAGAGAUACGCGAGCUUGUUGCAAAUUCUGCAGUACCCGUUCGCAAUCGGAAGUGUUCACAUUCAACCGCCGGCGGUAGAGAGCAACUCAACGCUGCCGCGUCUUACCAUAGACCCGCAGUACUUCGGUGGAAGGGACGGUCACAUAGACUUGGAAAUCGCCCUCUCGGCUCAUCGGUGGGCAGAAAAGUUCUCGUCGGCCCAACCGAUGGCAUCUAUCAUCCACAAGCAAGUGCACCCAUCGUUGGAUGAGGCAAAGACUGAUGAGGGCCUACGCACAUGGCUGAGAGACAACGCGGUAACGGAUUGGCAUCCUGUCGGGACGUGUGCAAUGGGAGGGGAUGCGGGAGCGGCUGGAGGUGUUGUUGAUGAAAGGCUUCGUGUCUACGGGGUUAAGGGGUUGCGGGUUGUUGAUGCUAGUGUGAUGCCGCUACAAAUCAGCGCACAUCUGCAGGCGACGAAAGAAGUUUCGGAGUAUAUUCGACGCAUCGCCUCUGGCACUGACAGGUCAAGGUUACAUCCAGAUGUCGCUUAUAAACGUGGGGACAAAGAUCUCCCACCUCGGCUCCCAAUUAGGUAUUCGGAACCCAACGCAAGAAAGGUUUGGGUUCUCGGCAGUUUUGCGAUAGGAGCGCAUCCAUCAUGUUUAAGGGGCGGACCCAUUUUCCACGUAUCAAUGGUAACUUAUAUUUCUGACCCAUUUGUUACCCGCCACACCCGCUUCUCUCUCACCCUCGAAACUCACGACAAACCCAAGGCCGUCACCAUGGGGUUUUCCUCUUCCUUUCCGCUUUGGCUUCUCGCCGCUUCGUCAGGUUUAGUCCACGCCUCACCGGCCAUUACCCGGCCCGAUUCCAACAACAUCCUUGAGCGAGCUGUGGCCGCAACCUCCUCUCCAGGAUGCGGCCAAACCCCCUUCGCCUCAGGCACGCAAUCUGUGACCGUCAACGGCAAGGAACGCCAGUUCGUCGUGCGUGUCCCAGAGAACUACGACUCAAGCACCCCCUACAAGCUCAUCUUCGCCUUCCACUGGGUCGGCGGCACUAUGGAAGAUGUCUCAAGUGGCGGCACCGACAAGGAAUUGUGGGCAUACUACGGCAUGCAGCGGAGCGCCGAUGAGACGGCCAUCCUCGUGGCACCCCAGGGCCUCAACAACGGCUGGGCAAAUUCCGGCGGCGAGGACAUCGCUUUCGUUGACGCCAUGGCUGAGUACAUUGAGGGCGCGCUCUGCGUCGACCAGGAGCAGCGUUUCAGCAUUGGUUUCUCGUACGGAGCGUCCAUGACCUACGCCCUUGCCUGCGCGAGGGCUAGUGACUUCAAAGGUGUGGCGGUUAUUGCUGGGGGCCAGUUGUCGGGGUGCGAUGGGGGUAACGAUCCCGUUGCGUACCUGGGAAUUCACGGGAUCAGUGACGGCACUCUCAACAUUGCGGGCGGCCGUGAGCUCCGGGACCGGUUUGUGAAGAACAAUGGAUGUGCGGCGACUGACGCGCCGGAGCCGUCGCAGGGCAGUGGGACACACAUUAAGACUGAGUACACUGGGUGCCAGGCGGGUUACCCUGUGACUUGGAUUGCUCAUGAUGGUGGGCACUGGCCUGGUGCGGUGGACCAUGGGCCGGAGAGUGGAGCGAACUCGUGGGUUCCGGGUGAGAUUUGGUCGUUCUUUACGCAGGGUUAG